AUGUUAAUCAAAAUAAUCUUGGCUUUGGUGCACAUUGGUUUUUCAGUGGUCUUCGACGUUUCUGAGUACAAAAUGCCCCUUUAUGUGUUGUCAGCCAUUUUAACCAUGAUUGGGAUCUACAAUUCAAACAAAGAGUUCGGAUUCUUAUUAUAUACCUUUAUCACAUUCGUCAAUACAUUUAUCAAAGGAUUCUUCCUUGAAAUGUAUUUGCAUAAUAGACAUUCGUUGCUUGACCCAAAAACAUUGAAAUUGGCAUUCUAUGUGUUCAUUAUAACUAUAGUUUUGGGGAAUCCUUUUGUAAUAAAGAGAAUCUCAAGUUUUCUUGAUUCUCAUUACACCUUAAAAUUCGGAUUGAACUUGUCUGACAAGGUUUCUUAAUGUAUUACGCUGUCAAAUUGUUAUCAUCAUGUUUUAAGUCAGCCAAAUCCAAGUAUGGUUGAAUUGGCAGUGAUAACAACAGUGGGAUUCUCAAUAACGAAUUUAGUGAUCUAUUUCGGUUUGUUGGAAUCGAAAUCACAAGUAGAAUCAAUUAAGAUUAUGCGAUAAUCAACAAUAGACAAUUUCAUCACGUAUUCGUUUGCAAUAGCAAAUGUGUAUGCCUGGAAUUUCCACUUGAAACCCCAGCUUAGUGUAUAGUCCAACAAUGUGAACGACAUAAGAACAGUGGUCAGUGUUUCAUUCAUUGUGAUUUAUACAUUAUUGUCGAUGUUGCAUAGCAAACAUUAGAAAAAGGAGAAAAAAGAAUGAUGAGGAAUAAAUAAUAUAUUAUUUUCGGAUUAUUUAACAUGAUCUGUACAUAUAA